AUGUCUGAAGAGCAGAUAUUCACAUCUAUAUUUGCCUACGUUGACCUAUUAUUUGGCAAGAUCAAGCCGAAGAAAUUGUUUUUUAUGGCUGUGGAUGGUGUGGCCCCUCGUGCCAAGAUGAAUCAACAGCGCAGUCGACGUUUUCGUACUGCAAAGGAGGCGAGAGAAGUUCGUGAGAUGGCGUUGGCUAAGGGACAGAAAUUACCUGAUGAGAAGGCGUUCGAUAGCAAUUGUAUUACGCCGGGUACCGAGUUUAUGGCGAAACUUUCUAACCAGUUGAGGUAUUUCAUCAAUAAGAAGAUCACAGAAGACGCAGAUUGGAGAGAAGUCGAAGUAGUUCUCUCAGGUCACGAGGUACCAGGAGAGGGAGAGCACAAGAUCAUGGAGUACAUCCGGUUGUCCCGAGCGCAACCGGACUACAACCCGAAUAUCCGACAUUGUUUAUACGGACUUGAUGCUGACCUUGUCAUGCUCGGUCUUCUCAGCCACGACCCGCAUUUUUGCCUGCUUCGAGAAGAGGUAAAGUUUGGGCCGGCGGCGAAGAAGAAGAAUGGAAGGCUGGAAGCACAAAACUUCUAUUUAUUACACCUUUCUUUAAUCCGCGAAUACCUCAAUCUCGAGUUCCACGACAUCGCGCCUGAGCUGCCAUUCGGCUAUAGCUUAGAGCAAAUAAUAGAUGACUUCGUUUUACUUGCCGUAUUCGUUGGGAACGAUUUUCUGCCCAACCUGCCGGACCUCCAUAUCCAUGAGAACGGCUUGGAACGGUUGUUCGAGGUUUACAAGAAGGUUCUUCCUUCGCUUGAUGGUUAUUUGAACGACGGUGGUACGAUCAACAUGAAGAGGUUGCAGCGUGUACUGGACGAGAUGGGGGUUUGGGAGCGGGAGGUCUUUGAAAAAGAGUAUGCCGAUUUGAGUUGGUUCAAAGGCAAGCAAAGGAAACACAUCAAAGAAAUGGAGGUGGAGAGCAAGCAGUCAAAAUUGGUUUUGACGAGGGCUCAGCGCAAGAUUUUUGAUGAAGUGAAGGAGUUCGUCCUCAGCAACAGAGGGAGUCGUUCUAUUAACCCUUUAACCAUGCCCAACACUUUCCCCGCCCGAGAUCGCAAAUUCAUCAGCAAGCUUAGCGAAGACCUUCACCUUUUAACCUCUUGGGACGAAUACGACGACGACGAUCAGAAUCUUAUCAUUUUGCGGCUGCCCGACACGUUGCGGGAGCCAACACCCGACGUCGAUGAUGAAGAGAUCGGCGUAGAGGAUAAAGAGGGCGAAGGAGAAUGGGAGGAUGUUCCUGAAGAGGAGGAUGAAGAAGCACUCUUAGCUGUGGACCGAGUACUAGCUAAGUAUGAGAAAGCCGACGUCGCGGACGGUGAUGAAGGUGGAGGUUUCGACAACCGAUACGAAGCUUCAAUACAAGAGAAGUUGACCGAGUGGAAGCGGAAUUAUUACAGGGAUAAACUCGGCAUUUCGUACGGUGAUGCGGAAGAGAUGGGAGCUUUAGUUCGCCGGUAUGUGGAGGGUCUUCAAUGGGUUAUGCAUUACUAUUAUGGUGGAGUUGCAUCGUGGGGUUGGUUUUACGACUACCACUAUGCGCCCCGUAUUUCCGACUUGCGAAGCGUCGAAGAAAUGACAUUCCACUUCGAACUAGGUACACCUUUCCGACCGUUUGAACAGUUGAUGGGCGUCCUACCAGCUGCAAGCAGAGACCUUAUUCCUCUAGCUUAUCGGGACCUCAUGGAUGAUCCGUAUUCGCCAAUAUUUGACUUUUACCCCGCCGAGUUCGAGACAGACCUGAAUGGGAAGAAGCAAGAGUGGGAAGCGAUCGUCAAGAUUCCAUUCAUUGAUCAGCACCGACUUUUGAGAGCAAUGACAUCACGUGAGCACCGGUUGACCGACGAAGAACGUCAGCGCAACCAGUUUGGCACAAGUACAAGAUUUGUUUUCAAGCCAGGCGAGCCGACUGUGUACCCGUCCUCACUCCCCCACUUCUUCCCUCCUAUAUAUCGCUGCACUUGCAAGAUGGAACCUUUCGAUCUUCCUACUUUGGAUGGAUUGCACCUAGUACCUGGGCUUCGUGAAGGCGUUGCCCUCGGUACAAAGGCACUUGCUGGGUUCCCAUCGCUCGAGACUUUGCCCCAUACUGGCCAGAUUGGUUUUCACGGGGUUAACGUUCACGGAACGGAGAGUCGCAACAAGUCUGUCAUCUUACACAUCGAGAAUCCGCACGAAGACCGCAAAAUCGAGGAGAUCGCAAAAGAGAUGGUUGGUAAACGAACAUUUGUAGGCUGGCCAUUCUUGCGCGAGGGUCUUGUGGAGGCGGUGUCGGAUUCCAUGUUCAAGUACGAACAGAUGGUCGUUGUGCCAGGCUCUGCUCCCCGCAUUGUUGCAAACCCGCACUCUGCGCCCCAGGGACUAAGUCAUUGGAAGUCAAAAGCGAAGCAAAUUCAGCACAUGUACUCCAAGAGAGGCGGUGUCAUCACGGGAGACGUGAAUGUCCUCGUGCACGUCAGACCGCUAAAAGGGAUGAAGCGGUUGGAUGACGGCUCGUUUAAAAAGGACUAUGAAGGACCAGAAAACGAGAUCGAGCAAGCGGUACAGAUGGUCAUUUCGGAAGUUCACUCGGAAGAUCCGCGUUUUCUAGAAACGGAACCGGUGUCGCUAGCAGAGGAAUUCCCAGAAGGAUGCAAGAUUUUCUUCCUUGGUGAGCAUGCGUACGGUGUUGCAGCCCAGGUGGCGAAAACGGUAGAGGACACUCUAUCCGUUAUUCUAGCAUUCUUCCCAUCCGACAAGCAAGAAAAUGAGAAGUUCAAGGCGAUUGUUGAAGAUCGUGUCUCGCAUCGGUAUUAUCCAUCUUACAAAGCGGCAGCCAAGCUCGAUAUUUCUGGUCGAGCGCUGGCGAGGGUGACCUCAAGUUUCAUGGUUCUAACGUCUGACUCUUCGAAAGAAAACCUGGGUUUGAGUCUUAAGUUUGAUGCCAAAAGCUUGAAGGUCAUUGAUUACUCACGCAAGAAUGGUCGUCACUGGGAAUUUAGUGAGAAAGCGAUCGAUUUGAUUCGUGAAUACAAGACGAAAUUCCCCGAAGUAUUCGAGGUGCUGGACGACGAUACGGAUGAUAUGGCACGAGCAUCUGAUAUUUUCAGCGAGAACGCUGAUGCGGGCGUACGCCAGGUGAAGACAUGGCUCAAAUCUAAAGGAGUCCGCGACUUUGAACCGGUUUCGCUGUACUCCGACCAACUUACCAAAGAGACCGUGAAAGAAAUCGAAACCUUUGCUGACAGUGUCAACAAAAGGCGGUCUCAUUCUGCCAUUAGAAAAGCCAUGGUCAAGGGAAUCCCUCGGCACGCGGUCCUCAAACCUUCUCAUGCCAUCUAUCACUUGCAAAAUCAGCAUUUUGAGCUUGGGGACAGGGUCACGAUGGUCCAGGAGUCGGGAGGCGUACCCCUGGCUGCCAAAGGGGUCGUAAUCGGGAUCAAUGCAAAAACAAUGGAUGUCGCUUGGGACGUUCCGUUCAUAUCAGGUGUAACGUUAGGUGAUAGGUGUUCACAAUAUCGCGGGUCUACGGUUCCGUUCACUUCAUGCUUGAAUUUGACUAAUCCCCAAUUCGUCGCGUCCACACAUCCCAAGUCAGAACCACUGCCCCCUCCCACUAUACCGUUCCGUCCUCGCCCCGGGACAUACCCUGCUAUUCGACCACCCCCUGGUCAAGCUGGUGCUUCUGGUUUCCGCCCUGCACCACUACCUUCUCAACGGCGAGUUGUCUCUUUCAGUCCAGGCACUUAUCUCUCUAAAACCGGCGAAAUAGUCAUACCACCCCUGUCGCAAUCAUGA